AUGCGCUCCCGCCGUGAUGGUGGCGGAUCGUGCACGCGCUAAAUCGGCAAUGGCUGCCUUAGAUCGGCAGAUUUCCAUCCUUGACUUUGUAGGGCAAAGCUGGACCGCUUGGAUCGACAAAGCGAACGUAUCCACGUCGGAUGUUUUAAAGCCAAAAGAUGCGGCGCAGUAUGUCACCUUUGGUGAUCUGACAGCCAGCGCGACGGGAAGUGAAGGGUCCUCUCUGGAAGAAUGCAGCAAAAAUGUGAAGAAACGGAUGGAAACCAUGACUUUUAAGAAAGGAGACAUGUCGAUAUAUGGCCACUGCCCAGCACAUGAUGACUUCUUCCUGGUGGUGUGCAGCCACUGUGGGCAGGUGGUGAAGCCACAGGCGUUUGAGAAGCAUUGUGAGCGUCGUCAUGGCCUCUUCAGCAAGCUUUAUGACACGCCAUCCAACUGCUCUCCUGACCGACCCCAACAGGGGAGACCGCCUUCCCAACAUGGAAGCCUUUGUGAGGGUCAAGACAGCAGGCACCGGGGGGCUGGACCCCCACGAGUACCACCACCUCAUUCUCCCCACCAGGCACAUUCCAAACCACAGCGUGAAGGACCCAGUCUUCAGCAGGUGGAUAAAGUUUCCCAUGAAACCCCUCCAACACCUCUACAUUUGCCCAUGCCACCAAAAAAAGCAGCCCCAUCUUCCGAGAAAACAAUUCAGAAGAGUUUGGACUCACACACUCAACCGCACGGACCAAGAACACACAGCAGAACCUACAAGAAAGUCCUUAAGAAAGAAUGUGACUUGGACAAGCACUGUGGUGUGAUGCAUCCUGAGAGAAAGAAACUGUGCACCAGACUGCUGACUUGUAAUAUUCAUUCCAUCCAUCAGCGCCGCCAGGUGGUAGGGAGGCGGAAACCUUUUGACCAGCUUGUAAUGGAGCUGAAGAUGAGCUCAAAGCCUGGAGAGCGCCCCCCUUUGCCCAGAGAAGUUCCCGGGGAGAACCGUGAGGACUUUGCUCAUUUACCAGCAAGCACCUUGCACCCUAAACCCCUGGGUCUUUGCACCUUCGGGGCACGUGUACUUGGCCGUAGUGUGUUAGCGUUUGACCGAAGGUUGCUCCACCUGCGGUCAGCUUUCAGUGUCAUGAUGGAGCAGCACCUCAGCACUUAUCCAUGGAAGAAAAUCCCUCAGUUGUCAGAACUAUGCUCUCAUCAACCCCUAGUCACCACAAACAACUACAAUUCCCAUGAUGCCACGCGCAGCUCCGUACCCAUCCGCAGUGCCUCUACUCUCAGGACAAGCAUCUCAGGACAAUCAGAGCCCACUAACCUAACAGCCGCCUCCAAACUACCAACGAAAGCCCAGACGAACUCAGGCCCCACCCGGCCCCGUAACCCUGCAGGUCGGACCAGCAAACAGGCUUUGCAAGUGGGUUUCAGGGAGCUUCAGGAGAGUCCCACAGCCAGUAAGCAGUGGAAAUCUCCCAAAAAGGACAAGGACUCACCUGAACAGUCCAAAAUCCUAUUUCUCCCCCAGUCCUCCUUGAACAGAACUAUGAUUUCUUCACCACAUGGCCCGUUUAAUGGCGCACACUCAGCUGGCAGGAGAACACACCAACCUGAAAUGAAGGUGCUGAUUAAGCAAAGCCCCGCCCACAUCUCCCCCUCUCCCUCCCCAGAGUCAGAUAAGGGAGGGGCCUCAGGGCUCAAUCAAAGGGCUGUUGGGUACGAACAUAAAGGGUCUGGCAGGAAACGUAAGACCAGCGAUGCCUCUCCCCUCAAAAACACUUCAUGUGCCCCUAAAUCCAAUAUCCUCUCCUCUUUCUCCCAAACUCACUCCAGCCUGGUGUCAUGCGGUGGGGAUGGCAGACCAGCACCAACCUCCCAUAAUCUGCCAAAGAAACUAGGUGCACAGAAGCCAAAUCUUCUUCACUGAGGGAGUCUGCCUUAAACUCCUCCAAAAGCACAGGCUUACUGCCAUGUAUUUGCUACAGACUUUAUGCACAGGAUGGUGAAAGUGUUUGAAGUUCACUGUAGGAGGACGUAUCAGUAUAUAUGCAUGUAUGUGUGUGUCUGUGUUUUUUAUACUGGAUUUCUAUGUGAAUGAAUGUAUUUGUGAAUGACCUGCAAAUGAAUAUAGAAAUACCUCAAGACCUUCCAUAUGCUGCUAAACGGACUGCCAGAUAAUGGACUCUGAAAUAAAUAUGCCAACACGUU